GAAGCUGAACAAGCUAACAAACAAACAAAUAUAAAAGAAUAUUGUGCAUUAAAGAAAGUACAAACUGAGAACAAUUUAAAAAGAAGUUGAAUUAAAGUAAAAGUAAAGUAAAGUAAAGUGAAAGUGUUCAAACACUCAAAUUGAAGAUACAAUCAGUUAGUCAAAGCAGAAGAAGUAACUCACAGAUACAAAAUGCCUGCUAUUGGUAUUGACUUGGGCACCACGUACUCGUGCGUCGGUGUGUUCCAGCACGGCAAGGUGGAGAUCAUAGCCAACGACCAGGGUAACAGAACGACGCCCAGCUAUGUGGCAUUCACAGACUCGGAGAGGUUGAUCGGAGACGCGGCCAAGAACCAAGUGGCCAUGAAUCCAAAGAACAGUCUGUUCGAUGCGAAACGUUUGAUUGGACGCAAGUUCGAUGACUCGAAGAUUCAGGAGGAUAUGAAGCACUGGCCAUUCCAAGUGGUCAACGACUGUGGCAAGCCAAAGAUGAGCGUUGAGUUCAAGGGGGAGCAGAAGCGAUUUGCCCCUGAGGAGAUCAGCUCAAUGGUGCUCACCAAGAUGAAGGAGACAGCUGAGGCGUAUCUGGGCAGCUCGAUCAAAGACGCGGUGAUCACAGUGCCAGCGUAUUUCAACGAUUCGCAGCGGCAGGCUACGAAAGAUGCUGGUGCCAUUGCUGGGUUGAAUGUGCUGCGCAUUAUAAAUGAACCGACAGCGGCAGCUCUGGCCUAUGGGCUGGACAAGAAUCUGAAGGGUGAACGCAAUGUGCUGAUAUUCGAUUUGGGCGGCGGCACUUUCGAUGUGUCAAUCCUGACCAUUGACGAAGGCUCGCUGUUCGAGGUGCGGGCAACGGCUGGAGAUACACAUCUGGGAGGCGAGGACUUCGACAACAGACUCGUUAACCAUUUGGCGGAGGAGUUUAAGCGGAAAUUCAAGAAGGAUUUGCGCUCAAAUCCACGAGCCCUGCGUCGCUUGCGGACGGCAGCGGAGCGAGCGAAGCGCACGUUGUCUUCAAGCAGUGAGGCAUCCAUUGAGAUUGAUGCUCUCUUUGAGGGUCAUGACUUCUACACAAAGAUUAGUCGGGCACGGUUCGAGGAGCUCUGCGGCGACCUGUUCCGCAACACACUGCAGCCGGUGGAGAAGGCCCUGAAUGAUGCAAAGAUGGACAAGAACCAGAUUCACGACAUCGUUUUGGUUGGCGGCUCAACUCGUAUUCCCAAAGUGCAGAGCCUGCUGCAGAACUUCUUCUGCGGCAAGAGCCUUAACCUGUCCAUCAACCCAGACGAAGCGGUGGCCUAUGGUGCCGCCAUUCAGGCUGCAAUUCUAUCUGGAGACGAGAGCAGCCAGAUUAAAGACGUUCUGCUUGUGGACGUGGCGCCACUGUCCCUGGGCAUAGAGACAGCUGGUGGUGUGAUGACAAAACUCAUUGAGCGCAACAGCCGGAUACCUUGCAAGCAGUCGAAGACCUUCACCACAUACGCGGACAACCAGCCCGCUGUGAGCAUCCAGGUGUUUGAGGGAGAGCGUGCCCUGACCAAGGAUAACAACGUGCUGGGCAACUUCGACCUUACGGGCAUUCCACCAGCGCCUCGCGGUGUUCCAAAAGUGGAAGUCACCUUCGACUUGGAUGCCAACGGCAUUCUCAAUGUGAGUGCCAAGGAGAUGGGCACAGGCAAUGUGAAGAAUAUAACCAUUAAGAACGACAAGGGUCGCCUAUCGCAAGCCGACAUUGAUCGCAUGCUGAGCGAAGCCGAGAAGUACGCCGAGGAGGACGAGAAGCACCGCCAGAGAAUCGCCGCCCGCAACCAGCUGGAAAGCUAUGUCUUUGGUGUGAAGGAGGCUGCCGAACAGGCAACUGGACAGACAGACAGAAUAUCUGCGGAAGACAAGAGCAGUGUGCUCGAGAAGUGCAGCGAGACCAUCAAGUGGCUCGAUGGCAACACCACAGCCGACAAGGAGGAGUUCGAGUACAAACUGCAGGAGCUCACCAAGUUCUGCACUCCCAUCAUGACCAAGAUGCACCAGCAGGGAGCUGCUGGAGCUGGAGCUGGAGCUAAUCCUCAGGCGUCCAGCUGUGGUCAACAGGCUGGAGGCUUCGGCAGUAGCGGAUACAAAGGUCCCACUGUUGAGGAGGUGGAUUAAGAACAGUAUUAGUUUCUAGUGAUAAUCAAUUUAAAUUA